AUGGCUAGUACCCCGAGCCAGACCGCCAGCAGCAGCCGACGCUGGGGAAGUGACACUGCUGCUGAUGCUAGAAGCAACAUGGGUGGUGGGAUGGGGCGUGGGGGAGAGGGUGCGAGAGAACGGGCGGCGAAAGCUGCAGCGGAAAUCAGAGCUCGAGGGUUGAGGGGAACAGCAGAGGUGGUUGAUUGUGUCACACGCCAUAGCCUGGCCAUUGAUAACCGGACACUUAACCUGCUUCUCGGGGUGAUGGUUGGAGGAAGAUCAGUAUCGGAUAGCGGAGACCUUAUAACGGAGAAGGGAAAUGGCGGGAGAGCCACAGAUAGGAGGACAGGGUUUAAGCGAGGUUUAGAGGAGAGGGAUUGGGAGGGCGCAAAGGCGGUGGCGGCGGCGUUUGAGGUGGAAAGUGUAGAGUUGAACGAGCGGAUUUACACCACGCUGAUUUCAUGCUUCGGCAAGGGCGCGCGCAUGGGGGACUGCUGGCGGUGGCUCCGCGCCAUGGAGAGGCAGUGGGGCGUGCCACAAGUACAGAUGGGGGCGCACAUGCAAGGGGAGGCGCAAUUGCAAGAGGGGGCGCAAGUGCAAGGGGAGGCCCUAGUGCAACAAGUGGUGGAAGUGCAAGGGGAGGCGCAAGUACAGGGCGCGGCUGGCGGAGAACGGGGGGAGGGGGAGGCUCAGGGGAAGCUGGAAGAGGGUAGCUGGGAGCAGAGAGGCUGGGGGGAGGAGGGGGAACGCGAGGGCAAGAAGGUUGGAGGAGAGGGGGGUGCGUACGGGAAGCACGUGUUGCUUCCAGAGGAUAUAUAUGACGUGAUGCUGGGGGCGUGCGUGCAGGUAAGAGCGUGGGAGGGGAAGGGGGGGAAGGAGGGGGGGGAAGGGGAGGGGGAAAGGGCGGAGGAGGGGGGGAAGGGAAGGGGGAAAGGGCGGAGGACGGGGGGAGCAAGGGGAGCAUACAGGGAGUGUGAGCUGCUUCCAGAGGAUAUUUAUAACUGCGAGGACUGGAAAGGGGCUCUAGCCAUCUACCACCACCUCUCAGCACACGGGGCUGCAGCAGCAUCAGCAUCAGCAGCAGCAGCAGCAGCAGCAGCAGCAGCAGCAGCAGCAUCAGCAUCAGCAGCAGCAGCAGCAGCAGCAGCUGUCGCAGAAGCAGCCGCAUUGUCCCACACGCACCAUCAACAUCAUCAACAGCAUGGGCAGCAGCGCAUGCCAACGAGCAGUCAGUUCGCGUUGGUGCUGAGAGCAUGCGCGCGAGCAGGCAGGUCAGCACAACCGGCUCCAGCUCUCCGCCUGCUCGAUCGCCUUGAUUCCCACCCUUCUCCUGACCUCUAUGCUGACGUGGCAGCCUACACUGCUGCCAUCUCAGCAUGUGCGAGCGUUGGCCAAUGGGAGAACGCCAUUCGUCUGCUGACUAGGAUGCAGCAGCAGCCAAUUGGAAUAAAGAUGGGGCAAACUGGAAGAUCCUCAUCCGUGCCUCCGGGCCAGCAAGUGGAAGCUUCUGGGAAGCCUCGUGCAGGAGAUGCAGGAGGCAGGGUGCCCCCCCUCUGUGGUGACCUAUGGGGUGCUGGUGGGGGGGUAUGGACGGGCGGGGCAAGCACGACUGGCGAGAGAAGCGUUCGAAUCAAUGCUGGCUGCAGGAAUAAGUUGACUUUUGAGUCGACUCAAAAGUCAACUGUUGGCAGGGAUAAGGUGGGACUGAAGGAGGUAGAUGUGGGUUCUUCCUCCUCCACAUCCAACCCGCCUCCUCUUUCCCUCUGGUGA